GUCUAUUUUAAUGUCACCUCCGGCAAUUGUGCGCCCUCUCUUUUUCCCCCUUCUCUUCGUCGUCCGCAUCACCAAUUUCUGUUCUCUUGGUUCGAAUCCACAGAGUAGAAAUGGAAGGAUUUAACAGAGGAGGAGCUAGUGAAGUGUUCUUGCCAAAUUACAAGCUUGGGAAGACGCUGGGUAUUGGGUCAUUUGGAAAGGUGAAGAUUGCUGAGCAUGUUUUGACUGGGCAUAAGGUCGCCAUCAAGAUUCUUAAUCGGCGCAAGAUUAAGAAUAUGGAGAUGGAGGAGAAAGUAAGACGUGAGAUCAAAAUAUUGAGAUUAUUCAUGCAUCCACACAUCAUUCGACUGUAUGAAGUCAUAGAGACACAAACAGACAUCUAUGUGGUGAUGGAGUACGUUAAAUCAGGCGAGCUAUUUGACUACAUUGUGGAGAAGGGAAGAUUACAAGAGGAUGAAGCUCGGCGAUUUUUUCAACAGAUCAUAUCUGGUGUUGAGUACUGCCACAGAAACAUGGUAGUUCAUCGAGAUUUGAAGCCGGAGAAUUUGCUGUUGGAUUCGAAAUGUAAUGUUAAAAUUGCAGAUUUUGGCUUGAGCAACAUCAUGCGAGAUGGCCAUUUUCUGAAGACUAGCUGUGGAAGUCCCAACUAUGCUGCUCCGGAGGUUAUCUCAGGUAAACUAUAUGCUGGUCCAGAGGUUGAUGUAUGGAGUUGUGGUGUCAUUCUUUAUGCUCUUCUCUGUGGCACACUUCCCUUUGAUGAUGAAAACAUCCCUAAUCUGUUUAAGAAAAUAAAGGGUGGGAUAUAUACUCUUCCAAGCCAUUUAUCUGCUCUAGCAAGGGAUUUGAUACCUAGGAUGCUUGUUGUUGACCCUAUGAAGCGAAUGACUAUUCGUGAAAUCCGUGAACAUCCAUGGUUUCAAGCUCGUCUUCCUCGCUAUCUGGCUGUGCCACCACCAGAUACAAUGCAGCAAGCGAAGAAGAUUGAUGAGGAAAUUCUUCAGGAGGUAGUUAAAAUGGGUUUUGAGAAAAACCAGUUAGUUGAAUCACUUCACAAUAGAAGUCAAAAUGAGGGCACUGUUGCAUACUACUUGCUUUUGGACAAUAGAUUUCGCGCAACUACUGGCUAUCUUGGGGCAGAGUAUCAGGAAACCAUGGAAUCUGGUUUAUCUCGGAUGAGUUCAACAGAUGCUCCAACGGCAGCAAUCAAACAUCGUAAGCCAGGAUAUAUGGACCAUCAGGUAAUGGGGAUGGGACUGCAGCCAGGGGAAAGGAAAUGGGCACUUGGACUUCAGUCACGGGCUCAUCCUCGAGAAAUUAUGACAGAGGUCCUUAAAGCCCUUCAAGAGUUGAAUGUCUGUUGGAAAAAGACCGGACAUUACAACAUGAAAUGUAGAUGGUUUCCUGGGUAUAAUGGCAAUUCUGAGGACAUGAUUAAUAAUCCCAUGAAUGCUAAACAUGGGUUUGGAGAUGAAUCUGCCAUUGUAGAAAGUGAUGAUGCAGUUGGAAAAUCAUCUAAUGUAGUCAAGUUUGAAAUUCAGCUUUACAAGACUAGAGAGGACAAGUAUUUGCUCGAUCUGCAGAGGGUUAAUGGGCCACAACUCCUCUUUCUUGACCUCUGUGCUGCUUUCCUUGCUCAACUGAGGGUGCUAUGAUGAUAUGAGUUACAGGAGCUGCCAUAGCAACUGCGCAAGCUAAAUACAUAAAUUUGGAUCUACAUCCAAUAAUGUAAAUACGAAAAAAAAGGCGCAGUUUUAAUUGCCAUGUCCUUUUCUUUCGAUGACUAUAAAAGAUCUGUUGCUGAUCAAUUAGCUGAAGGCAAAUUUAAUCCUAGCACCUUUGUAAACUUUUUUUUUAUCAUCUUACUGCUAGGUCAGUGAACUCGCGUCCAUUUUCGGAGGAUCAGAAAGAAACCGAGCCAUAUGAGGGCAGCAGUAAAUACGAAGUUUUUAAUUGUAUGAUUCGUUUCGAUUUAUAGGCAAGCUUCAGCUAUUACGUAAGGUACUGAUGUUCGAGAAUGUACUUAGAUUGUCUUGUUCU